GGGGUCUCGAUGAUGAGGAUUGGUCUCAUUCAGUCCAGGGCAUUCACCACUCCCACCUCUCCAGCCUUAAACAAUCUGCAUCCGCCGACUGUCGCAUAUGUAAGGCCAUCUGGCUUGAAUGCAUCAUUGGGUUUGGGGAAGAAGAUUGGACUGGAGCCGAAGUUAACACAUCUUUCAAAAUCCUCCACCAAAGCGUGAGCCUUCAGCAAGCAAUCCUUCAAGGUCGUCAGAUGGAGCUUCAGAUUGAAGUUUCUCGAGUACUUGGAUACGAUGAGAUCCUCCGCACUAUGGUCUUUAUUUUACUACCAUACAACCCCAGAGAACAUCGCCAUCCGAAUGUAUCAAAUUCCCCGACCUCCCAGGAAACCCUCACAAAAUGGUACCAAGACUGCCUCGGGAAUCAUGCAGAAUGCCGUUCACUUUUUGACUGGCCGUAUAUCCCACAUCGAUUGAUUGAUAUCGGCGAGCCUGGCCACCGUUGGGGGGGAACCCAGCCCCUCCAACUUUUGAUGCACAACAUGGCUCAAUUGAAAGAAGGGAUUUCCCGCCAGUCACUUCCAAGAGUCUUCUCAGAUGCUAUCGCAAUAUGUUGGCAACUUGGUAUUAGGUAUCUGUGGAUUGACUCCCUUUGUAUUUGCCAGGAUUCGGAGGAAGAUUGGAAUAGAGAAUCUGGCUUGAUGGGGAUAAUCUACACUCAGGCAAUCAUCAAUAUCGCGGCGACUGCAGCCGUCAACAGCGAUGGUAGUCUCUUUAGCUCAAUGGGUGGUAAUCCUUCGGUGGGGCUGAUAUCUUGGGGAGUAGUGCCAGGCCGAGAAUACAUAGUUGUAGAAAACAACUUGGAGUGGGCCAAGGGCUUUUCUCACCAACCUCUGCUUCGGAGAGCAUGGGUCAUGCAAGAAAGGCUGCUAGCAACACGGAUGAUACACUUUGCUGGAUCGGAGCUCAUCUGGGAAUGCCGUACGUUGACAGCAACUGAAUCAUACCCGGUGCAGGUGCCGAGCGUGCUACGAUCUUUCCAUGAAAGAAGGAACCGAUUCUGGAAGACUGACUUCACUGAGGACGAUGGUGCAUGGUCUGUCUUGAUCCAAGACUACAGUAAGUGCGAGCUCACGUUUAGCAAAGAUAAACUAGUAGCUCUCUCCGGGCUAGUCUCCAUUCUCAACUCUAGGGGGCUAUCCCGCGGUAGGUUCUUUGUUGGGAUAACGUGGGAAAUGGUCCGCCCAAGUAAUCAGCGAGCUCCUUCGUGGAGUUGGGCUUCCUUGGAUUGCCCUGUAUGG